AUGGUAGAGCCGAUACAGCAACAUGGCGAGAGGAGCGCAAGCCCAGUCAAGGACAACCCGAGGGAACGUAGCCGCAGUCCAAAGCGGGACAGAGGCGCCGACGUUCCGCGACAGGUCUCGGUUUCCGUCGCUGGGAACGGAGUUGCAAGCCGUUCGAGCCCGACUCUCUCACUGGAGCCCGCAAAGAUAACGGAGCAGGUCCGCAAGGUCUUGGGCGAGGAUUGCGGCUCCUUGCCGGUGAUAGUCGGCAUUGUUUGUGCCCAACUGGCUUCAAAGCAAGCCUUGGAUAUGCAAGCCUUGAGUGAGCAAAUUGUACCUCACCUACCAUCGGAAAAGCAGAGCCAGCUAAAGGACUUGCUCUCCUGGCUGGAAGAGGUUUCAGAGGCAGCAAAGUCUGACCAAGCUCCGAGCGACUUUCAGGAGGGCGAUGCAGUCACUUUGCAUGGCUUGGAAAAGAGGCCUGACCUCAACGGUUGCACCGCAGAGGUGCUCAGAGUUGCAGAUCCCUCACAGCCUGGACGAAUCGUGCUAAAGCUGGAGAGCGGAAGUCAGAUUGCAAUCAGGCCCCAGAACCUUCAGCGCGUGCAGCGUGAGGGCUCCGCGCCAGCAAGCGAGCAGCUAUCCGACAGAGACGAGGCUCCCACGCCGAAGAAGCCCCAGCCCGCGAACUCUGGGAGCUCCAGCUAUUCAGGCCCGGACCCGUCGGCCAGCAAAGUCUUCGGUUCGGCCUUCGAAAGACUGAAGGCGAAGGCUGAGGCCGAGGCUCGGGGAGAGCUGCCCGCGGAUCGGCGCAAGAAAGCAAAGACCGACCUGGAUACUCGCGGCGGAAUUGGAAGCUCCCAACCAGCCGGCCAAGCCAGGCGCGAGCUCAUCAUGGGCACAGAGCCCAAAGAAUCUCAAACCGAGGUUGCAGAGGAGCCUCCAAAACGCGAGCCCAUCAAUUUCGUCCCGGCCGAGGAGAAGACCAUAAUGCCCAGCCGCAAGGUAACUGUAAUCGAUCCUCGCCGAAAUCAGCGGCCCGUCGAGGAUUCGGAUGACGAGGAAGUGGGAACUCCUGGGGUUGUCCGACCUCGCAAAUCGGUUCAGGACAAUGGGUCGUCCUGGCAAGGAGGAUCCACAUCCUUCGACUCGCCGAAGCUGAAGGCAUCCAAGGACCCUGAGCCGGUCUGUAGGAUGCCUGCUGCCCCUGCAAGGGGUCUGGCGCGAACUCCAUCUGUGCCACACUCUCCGACUCCGACCACUUCCAAGUCGUAUUCCACUCCUCCAGCAAGCGCGCGAGGGAACAUGACGCUGGUGGUUUCUGCAGAUGCGAGAGAAGCUGACAAGGCUCAGCGAGAGCUCGCAGAAAAGCGCAAGGCCAUGGAAGAAGGAAAGAGGCAUAUGCUGGCGAAGCUUACGAAGCAGAUGCAGUUGUGCCUGGCCAAGCUACAGAAUCCAGACUUGGACGACAACGCGAAGGAGAAGUACCAAGACAUGAUCACCUCGCUGAAAACAAACAUGUCCAAAUUAGGAAAUGUGUAG